UCUCUCCAUUGCUUUAAACAAGAAUGGCUGAAUGCACUGCCAUGCUAAGACUUAAUUAAACCACAUAAACAGAUGACCAUCAUGUCCCACUUCAAGGAUCUCAAAGAUGACUUCCAUAGUGACACCGUCCUUUCCAUAUUAAAUGAACAACGCAUUCGGGGCAUUUUAUGUGAUGUCACCAUAAUUGUAGAAGACACCAAAUUCAAAGCCCACAGUAAUGUCCUGGCUGCUUCAAGCCUUUAUUUCAAAAAUAUAUUUUGGAGUCAUACCAUCUGCAUUUCUGGACAUGUGUUGGAACUAGAUGGCCUCAAGGCUGAAGUGUUCACAGAGAUACUUAAUUACAUCUACAGUUCUACAGUAAUUGUUAAAAAACAAGAGUCUGUUGUGGAUCUUGCAGCUGCUGGCAAAAAAUUGGGAAUAUCUUUUUUAGAAGAUCUUACAGAAAAGAGCCUUUCCGGUUCCCCUUGUCUGUAUUCAUUUUGCAAUACUGAAAAAAAUGAUGUGAAAGAAGAAAAAAGACAGGAAGACUCAGCCAUUACAAAUGGACCAAGAAUCACGAAUGCAUACUCAAUUUUUGAAACUGAAAAUAGUAAUAAUUUGUUUUCUCCUCUUGACCUGAGGGCAAGUUUUAAAAAAAUGCCUGAAACAAAUAAAGCAUCCAAUAGCGAUCUGGACAGGACUGAGGCAUGCAAAGAGGUUGAGAGAGCCAGCACAUUAGCUGAACAUUCCUAUGCUGUUACAACAGGUUGCAAUGCUUUGCAACAAAAUUCCUUUUAUUAUGAAAACACUCCACUUUAUAAAACAGGUGAAGAUUGUUCUGAAGCUGCCGAGUCAGUGCCUCUAGUUAAAUCAGCAACACUGUCAUAUAAUGCACCAAAGGCUAGAUUUAACUCCCAGAUCACAGAUGCUCCUACUGUAAAGAUAUCAGCCCACAAGGGAAGCAGUUCAGAGGCUCCCCAUAAAGUCAUAAAUGACCAUGGCCAUUCUUUUCAAAAAUCCCAACCGAAAAAAACCAACAUUCUCUCUUCUAAGGAAAAUGAAAAUAAAUCUGAUAAUCUUUCUGGAUCAAUAGCCACGGACAUUCCACAUCCUUAUAACUGCAGUUGUUGUACUAAAUUGUUUAAUGAUAAAACUCAGCUAAGCACUCAUCUUAACCUUCAUUCACAACCUCAAGAGACUUCAGUUUGCAAAUAUUGUAGCAAGCAGUUUGAAAAUAAUGCUGGACUAGAGACUCAUGAACAAGCAUGUAGGGGUCUGAACAAUUUUUGCGUUGAAAAUGAAAAUGAGCAGAAUAGUCUGGAUAAUUUUGUUCCUUCAAAUGAAAAAACUGGCACCUCAUAUGUAAGCCCGGAGCCCACAGAAACUGAAAAUGAGUUUACCGAUUAUCCUGCCACGAACGGUACAAUGCCAGAAACAGACCAUUUUGUUAAAGUUGUUGGUGGACAGAUACUUUAUACUUGCAGUGUUUGUAAACGUACCUAUGUUACCUUGUCCAGCCUCCGAAGGCAUUCAAAUGUUCACUCUUGGAGAAGAACUUAUCCUUGCCAUUACUGCAACAAAGUCUUUGCAUUAGCAGAGUACCGUACCAGACACGAAAUCUGGCACACAGGUGAAAGGCGAUACCAAUGUAUCUUCUGUCUUGAGACCUUUAUGACAUACUAUAUACUCAAGAACCAUCAGAAAUCUUUUCAUGCAAUUGAUCACCGACUUGGUGUAAAUAAGAAAACAGCUAAUGGUGGCUUGAAACCAAAUGUAUAUCCUUACAAGCUUUACAGGCUUUUGCCUAUGAAAUGUAAAAGGGCACCAUAUAAAAGUUACGGAAACUCAUCAUAUGAAAGUGUACAAGUUAAUGAAGUUCCCUCUAGCACCUGUAUUAUUCAGAAUACUGUCACUUCUGAACUGGCAUCCUUGAAUUUUGAACACAAUAUGUUGCCAAGUUCCAGCAUUUCUUUGGAUAGUUCUUCAUGUGGUGAUGCUACAGCAACAUCUGAAAAUCCUCCAAAUGUGUCUUCCUGGAAAAUUUCAUCAAGGACAGAUCUUAACAAUAAUACUCCCACUAACAGAAGGACAUUAUCUUCUGUUGAGGAUACUGGUCCUCAGGAAUAUGAUUCCUCUCGUCAAACAAUUAGUAAUAGCAAUUCCCAUGAGAAUUCAACCUCUGUUAUUAGCUAUAACAAUUCAGCAUCUUCUGUUAUAGUGCAUAGUGGAAGAGUUUCAUCUGUGAUAAUGCACAGUAAUGCUGUCAAUGCAGUAGGAAGAAGUGAUAAGGGAACUUCAGAUAUUACAAUCAGUCAAGGAGCCAGCAAUGAUCUUGUACAUGAAUCAGACAAUGGCAAUAGUAGAACAAGAAGCAAUAAAGAAAAGAAAAAGGUGCCUCUAUAUGACAGAGAAGCCACUUCAAAGGAGGUAAAAUAUACAACGAAUACAGGGAUAGCUUCUAACACACCUGCACAUAUCUUUGAAACUUCAAGCAAGACUGAAACUUAUAUCGCAAAACCUGCACUGCCAGGAACAUCUGCUGACAGCAGUGUUGCUCCACUUUGUCAAAUAACAGUUAAAAUUGGAAAUGAAGCUAUUGUGAAAAGACAUAUUUUGGGGUCCAAAUUAUUUUACAAAAAAGGCAGAAGAUCUAAAUAUGAAUCCAAAGGCGAUCAGACAGUUCAGGUUGCAGAACGGGAAAAGAGAGAGAGAAGCCUGUCUCGAGUUUGUCCAUCAGACUACAUUGAAAGUGAAAUGGGUGAUGAUGUCAGUGACCAUGACUCUAAUGAUAAACCUUGGCGACCAUAUUACAAUUACAAACCAAAAAAGAAAUCUAAACAAUUAAGAAAAAUGAGAAAAGCAAAAUGGAGAGAGAAAUACAGGAGCAGAAAUUCCUGUCAGGGAAACGAGAAGGCCUAUGUCACCACUUAUGCUCUUAGGAAUAUUCCUGAAGAGAAGGUCUGUCAUCAAGGAGAAGAGAAAAUGCCAGACCUUAACUGUAAGCUCUGUGAAAGGGAGAAGGAGUCUACAGAAAUAUCCCAUGAUCACUCACACCGGGAGACCACAGAGCCUGAGUCUUUCACUUGUAAUUUAUGCCAAAAGCAUUUCCAGAGCUCUUCUACCCUAAGGAUGCAUAAGCGGUGUCAUACAGAGGAGAAGCCCUACCUUUGCAAAACCUGUGGGAAAGGUUUUUCCAUCUCCAGCAAUUUACAGAAGCAUGAACGCACCCAUUCUGCUGUCAAGGAUUUCAUCUGUCAACACUGUAACAAAGCAUUCACUCUCAACGAAACACUCAAAAUACAUGAGAGAAUCCAUACAGGGGAAAAGCGCUACCACUGUCAGUUUUGUUUUCAGAGCUUCUUAUAUCUUUCCACCAAAAGGAAUCACGAGCAAAGGCAUAAGCGUGAGCACACUGGGAAAGGCUAUGCGUGUUUUCAGUGCCCCAAGGUUUGUAAGACGGCAGCUGCUCUUGGGAUGCACCAGAAGAAGCAUUUGUUCAAACCACCCAAGCAAGAGGACAGAAAAGAUUGUUUGUUUAAGGAAAGCUCGAAAUCGUGUAAAAGUCAACAUUUCUUUGAUUCAGAGAAACAGGAAACAGCUAAACCUCUGCUAACUAAACGCGUAACUGAUGCAGAGGGUUACAAAGUCAGUAAUAUUCAGAACACUGCAUUGGAGGCUGGACUCUGAGUAAGAAAAGGGUGCGGCAACAAAGAAAAGAGAGAUGAAAGGCCAUAGAUACAAGUAAUUAAUGCAAAAAAAUAAAUAAAUCCAAAUUUACAGAAGUUCUUAAAACUUGAGAUAUAUAUUUUUCACAUAAAUAUAUUGCAUACUUUACAUUUUAAAUGUGCCAUAAAAAGCAAAAUUUGGAAACUAUAGUGAAGCUAAUUAAGCCUAAAAAGGUAUACGGAGAUAUUAAUAUUACU